CGCCGCCGGUCUUCGCUCUCACGCUCCGAGGCUCACUUCAGCGACGGUGGCGUGCACAGAGCACCUGGGUCAUCUGUGCUCACGAUCCUGCCGCGACACCGACUUCUGGGCGUUGUGGUUCUCCUUUCAGGGCUCCGAGAUUUCUACUGCACACUCCGCGGCUCGCUCGCUAGUCCCGGGACUAGCAGGCGCGGUUUUCCCGGAGAAAUCCACGUCAGCCGCGCAGGCGCAGGCGGGGGAUCUGGGCGGAGGGAAGGGGCCUGCGCUCGGCCCGCGGUAAACAAGCACUGCGCAGGCGCCGUGCGCCAAGGUGAUUUUUUUUUUUUUUUUUGGUCUUUUGUUUUGCAUAGCAUCGUAAAAAGGGGGAACGCCAAAGCAAACCCUAGCAUCUUAAGACGAUCGACGGUGUGGCUUCUGCUACUCUCACUGUCUCUGAGGCACCGGCUGCGCGACCAUGGCAGCCAUAACUCUUCCACGGAGCUGCCGGCCUUGAGCUCUUUCUCUCACUGUCUACACUGAGGCUGAGAGGAAAAGACAGAGAAAAAAGAAAGAAAGAAAGAAGAUUUAAAGGAGAGGUGGUGGGCGGUCCCCACAACGCCACCGAAAAGACCUCAGCGCCGCUCUUUUCCCCAGACAACGCGAGAUCCUGUGCCAGGCCGGGACUCCGCCCCCGCCCCGCCCGUGGCUGUGUGCGCAUGCGCUGGGCUUUUUGGCGCGCAAACCGUUCAGAACUUCCUGCUUGGUCACAGGUGGCCCCGUCGGCCCCCGAGGGAUGUCAGUCAGUCAGGGGACGUGGAACACCUGCACAAACUGGAUUUUUGCCCUAUAACGACUCAGAAAGCAUUUGGAUGUUGGCACUAUAAAGAUUGAGGUUAUUUUGUAUUUGCUGUUAUUGGAGUUGCAGCUUCCUAUACCAAAUGCAGUGUUAUCCUGGGGGUCUGGCAGCUAAUGACCUAUGGACAAAAGAUACCCUCUAACCACAGUUGGCCCAGCUGAAAGUAGAAGACAUCAGUCUGUGAUAAUCUAGAAGCAGGCUGAGGGCUGAGGGAAGGCAGAGGGGAGAUAUGAAUGUGUUCCGAAGGUUUCCCGGUGGCUCAUGGCAUCCUCCAAAGUCCUGUCUGCGAGCUGUUCCUGACCAAGAAAACCCGCGGAGCCUGUCUCUGAAAUCCAGUCCCGAUGAAGAAGACAGAAGAGAAAGGAGAGAGUCGUCGCCUUGAGGAGAACCCCUGACAAUGCGGUUUUGAUUUGGAGGAACUAAGAGGAAAAGAGUGACUAUGGUUUUUGCUCACAGAAUGGAUAACGACCAGCCGCCUGUGGUGACUGCCACCUUGCUGGUGCCCCUUCAGAACGGCAGUUGCGCGGAAGCAGCUGAGGCCCUGCUGCCCCAUGGCCUGAUGGGAUUGCAUGAGGAGCACAGCUGGAUGAGCAACAGGACAGAGCUUCAGUACGAGCUGAACCCUGGAGAGGUGGCCACAGCCAGCAUCUUCUUUGGCGCUUUGUGGUUGUUGUCCAUCUUUGGCAAUUCCCUGGUAUGUCUGGUCAUCCACCGGAGCCGGAGGACUCAGUCAACCACCAACUACUUCGUGGUGUCCAUGGCGUGUGCUGACCUUCUCAUCAGCGUGGCCAGCACGCCGUUUGUCGUGCUGCAGUUCACCACCGGGAGGUGGACCCUGGGUAGCGCCAUGUGCAAGGUGGUCCGCUACUUCCAGUACCUCACCCCCGGCGUGCAGAUCUACGUGCUGCUCUCCAUCUGCAUCGACCGCUUCUACACCAUCGUCUACCCGCUGAGCUUCAAGGUGUCCCGAGAGAAGGCCAAGAAAAUGAUUGCAGCCUCCUGGAUCUUGGACGCGGCCUUUGUGACGCCUGUCUUCUUUUUCUACGGCUCUAACUGGGAUAGCCACUGUAACUAUUUCCUCCCUCCCUCCUGGGAGGGCACUGCCUAUACCGUCAUCCACUUCUUGGUGGGCUUCGUGAUCCCCUCCAUCCUCAUAAUCCUGUUUUACCAGAAGGUCAUAAAGUUUAUCUGGAGAAUAGGCACGGACGGGCGGACGCUGAGAAGGACGAUGAACAUUGUCCCCAGGACAAAGGUGAAAACGGUCAAGAUGUUCCUCCUCUUGAACCUAGUGUUCCUGUUCUCCUGGCUACCUUUCCACGUGGCUCAGCUCUGGCAUCCCCAUGAGCAAGACUACAAGAAGAGCUCCCUUGUCUUCACGGCAGUCACGUGGGUAUCUUUCAGCUCUUCAGCCUCGAAACCCACCCUGUACUCUAUUUAUAAUGCCAAUUUUCGGAGAGGGAUGAAAGAGACAUUCUGCAUGUCCUCGAUGAAAUGUUACCGCAGCAAUGCCUACACCAUCACGACCAGCUCGAGGAUGGCCAAAAGAAACUAUGUGGGCAUUUCGGAAAUCCCUCCCGUGAGCAGGACGAUAACCAAAGACUCCAUCUAUGACUCAUUUGACCGGGAGGCCAGGGAGAAGAAGCUCGCCUGGCCCAUCAACUCAAACCCACCAAACACUUUUGUCUGAUUUCUAAGAAGUCUUUCACUGUUAUGUGCCAGAGAUUAAAAAGC